AUGGGAGCCACCAAGACUGACAUCACCCUCUACACUGUCAACACGCCCAAUGGCAUCAAGGCCAGCAUCCUGCUCGAGGAGCUGAACCUGGACUACAAGGUCCACGCCAUCAAAAUGUCGGAAAACGAGCAAAAGGAGCCCUGGUUCCUCGCCAUCAACCCCAACGGCCGCAUCCCCGCCAUCACGGACAAGUGGACCGACGGCCGCGACAUCCGCAUCUUCGAGUCCGGCGCCAUCCUGCAGUACCUGACGGAGCGCUACGACACGGCGCACAAGGUGUCGUACCCGCGCGACACGCCCGAGUACUGGGAGGUGACCGGCUGGCUCAUGUGGCAGAUGGGCGGGCUCGGCCCGAUGCAGGGCCAAGCCAACCACUUCAAGCGCUACGCGCCGGAGCAGAUCCAGUACGGCAUUGACCGGUACACCAACGAGACGCGCCGUCUGUACCGCACCAUGGACGACGCCCUCAAGAAGAACCCCCACGGCGUGCUCGUCGGCGACCGCGUCACCAUCGCCGACAUCUCCGCCUGGGGCUGGGUAGCCAGCGCCAAAUGGGCUGGCAUCGACAUUGACGAGUUCCCCGCGGUCAAGACCUGGCUGCACACGCUGCUGAAGCGCCCCGGCUUCGAGGCCGGCCGCCACGUGCCGACGCCGCACACCUCGUUCGACCUGGCCAAGCUGAGCGACGCGGAGCUGGACGAGAAGGCGCAGGCGUCGCGGGCCUGGGUCCAGGCGGGCAUGAAGGCGGACGCCAAGAAGUGA